AUGAAGAUGGUUUUUCUGGCCCUCUUGAGUCUACACAGCGCAGCGGCAGUGACUCACUCUCUGAAGUAUUUCUACACUGGGUCUUCUCAAGUCCCAAACUUCCCAGAGUAUGUGGUUGUUGGCUUACUUGAUGAUGUCCAAAUGGAUAUCUGUGACAGCAACAUUAAGAGAGCAGAACCAAAACAGGACUGGAUGAAGAAAAUCACAGAAGAUGAUCCACAGUACUGGAAGAGGCAGACUGAGAUCUGUUUUAGUGUCCAGCCGGUCUUCAAAGCCAACAUUGAAACUGCAAAGCAGCGCUUCAACCAAACUGGAGGUGUCCACAUUGUCCAGGGGAUGCUUGGUUGUGAAUGGGACGAUGAAACUGGAGAGAUUAAUGGUUUCAAUCAGCAAGGUUAUGAUGGAGAAGACUUUAUAGUAUUUGACCUGAAGACAGGGACAUGGAUCGCUCCCAAGCAACAGGCUGUCAUCACCAAACUGAAGUGGGAUGAGAACAAAGCUAGGAUCGCACAGUUGAAGAACUACCUCACCCAGGAGUGUCCUUGCUGGCUGCAGAAGUAUUUGAACUACGGGAGGAGUGCUCUGAUGAGAACAGAGCUUCCCUCAGUGUCUCUCCUCCAGAAGACUCCCUCCUCUCCAGUCAGCUGCUUCGCUACAGGUUUCUACCCUAACAGAGUCAUGAUGUUCUGGAGGAAAGAUGGAGAGGAGCAUCAUGAGAACGUGGAACGUGGAGAGAUCCUCCUCAACCAUGAUGGAUCCUUCCAGACCAGUGCUGACUUGAAUGUUUCAUCAGUCGCAACCGAAGACUGGAGGAGGUACGAAUGUGUGUUUCAGCUCUCUGGUGUGAAGGACGACAUCAUCACCAAACUGAAUGAAACAGCGAUUCAGACGAACUGGGGAAAGACUGUUAAUAGAGGUUCUUCAGGGUUCCCUGUUGGUAAUGUUAUGGGAGGUGUUGUUGUACUGCUGCUCCUGGUAGUCGGCAUCGCUGGAUACUUCCUGUGGAGAAUGACCAGUAAUGGUGAGAGAUAA